AUGCAAUCUAACAAUAUGGAAAAACCUUCGACUGCGAAUGUUGUCCAAUACGGUCCGAUUCAAGUUCGCUCUUAUCAAAAACAAGUGCCGAUUAUUGCUACCGGUCGUCGAUCAAAAGAUCUCGUUCUCAACGGUGAUGAAGCUCUUAAACGCGAAAAGAAACGACAACGUAACCGUGAUGCAGCGCGAAAAAUCAAAGAAAAACGUCAAUCAAUCGAAGUCGAACUCGACCAGCAAUUAAGACAGCUAGAAUCUGAACAUUCAAAUCUACAAAAUCACCUCCGGCAACUUCAACAAACAAAACAAAACCUACAACAAGAAGUGAAUAAUCUCGGCAUUAUUUCAUUGGAGGAUCUAUUAGAAGGUGAUUUCGAAGAUCUUUACGAAGCAUUAAAUCUCAGUGAUGAUAUGGAAUUGUUUGACGAAACUAUUCAAAGGAUUCUAAACUCCGAUUCGAAUAGCACCAACUGA